AAACAGCGGCAGUGGUUGAGGUUGAUUGGGCGAGUCCCAAGGGCUUUGACUUGGUUUCAUUGUUCAGCCCUGGUUGCAUUACAAACUAGAAAAGUGAAACGUAACGUCAGCAUUUCUGCAAAUGGGGAGUUGUGGGCGAUGACUUACAGGACUUGACAAUGGUUUAAUUGUGUACAACGAUCAAUUAUUUCGAACUAAGGCUUUCACAAUGGAACAAAACUUUUCUUAGAGUACUUCGUCGUGAUGUAAACCCAGUCAGGGCAACUAGCCAAUGACAGCACAACCGAGGCAACUUCACAGCCUGUAUGAGGAAUCCGAUCGACUCGCUCGGCGCUCAUUGGAUUGGUCUGGUUAAGGAAGGAAGAUGGCGGGCCCUGCAAAAGCGCCAAACCCAUGUUCUUCUUAUUGAUAAAUAUACUUACCCUGUCGCGUAUUUGUUAUAAUUAUUAGUAAAAAUAUUCGAGUAUUGACAUCAUGAAGACGAACAACACCUGUCGGACGUAACGGCUAGUAGGACGGCCGAGAAAAGGCCGGCGAAAUGAGCGAGAACUAUGCCCGCUCUGUGUUGAGGGUGUCGGUAGCUCAGAUUUGCCAAGUGCUGGGCUGGGAUGCUGUACAGCUAAGUGCUUGUGAUCUACUGUCCGAUGUUCUGGACCGCUACAUUCAACAGCUGGCCCGAAGCUGCCAUCGCUAUGCCGAGCUGUACGGGCGUACGGACCCGGUGCUGUCGGACAUCGACCAUGCCUUUGGGCUGCUGGGGGUCAACCUGUCGGAGCUGGAGGACUACGUGAACCACUUGGAGCCUGUGCCCUUCCCCCAGACCACGCACCUGUUCCCCGUCGCCAAGAGCAGCACGCUGCAGUUCCCCUCGCCUCGUGAGGAGAGGCGGGACUACAUCCCCGACUACCUGCCACCACUCGUCUCUCUGCAGGAAGAUGAGGAAGAGGAGCCAGAGCCGGUUGCCAUGGGUACGUCGGCGGAGGCCAUGCAGGUGUCCGUGGAGGAGGACGACGGCGGCGGCGGCGGCGACGACGACUACGACGAAGAGGCGGAGAACGCCGAGAACCGGCCGGCCAAGCGCGAGGCGGACGAGGCCUUCCCCCUGGGCGUCAUGCCGACGGCCAAGCGGCCGCGCCUGGGCCUGAGCAUCAACCCGGACUCCAGCCCCGAGUGGACGUCGGAGCCGCGCGAGCCGCUGACCCUCAUCCACCCGCAGCUGCCCGUGUCGCCGUCCUCGCCGCCGCUCUCGCUCUCGCCCGUCCACCCGACCCCCUCGGCGGCCCGGCCGCCCGUCACCCCCGGGCGCAAGCCCCCCCGCGCGCUCUCGUCGCCGGGCAGGAAGAGCAAGUCGCCGCGGCGCGGAGGAGGAGGAGGCGGCGGGGGAGCGAACGCCAGCCCCGGACGCAGCACGCCCAAGCUGACGCAGAAGGAGAAGAAGAAGAAGAACUCUCCGCGGAGCCCCAGGGGAGGGGGGGCGGCCGGCGCUCACGCGACCCAGAUGGGCUCACCGCCGCUGGGGCUGAGCGGGCGCGACGGCAGGGGGGGUCCCGGAGGAGGUCGGCCCGGCGGGCCGGCGCUCUCGGACCUCCACCUCCAACGCUCGUCCACGGCGGACACGGGCGACGCCGACAUCGAGGACUCCAUCUCGGCGGUGAUCGCUCGAGCGUGCGCCGGCGGAGGAGGAGGAGGGGGUUCCGGUAGCCACCACCGACCCCACGACCCCUACGACCUCCCGUCGGACUCGGACAGCGACUCGGACCCGGGGCUGUCCCUGUCGCACACCCUGCUGGGCCGACACGCCGGCCCCGGCGGCAAGAGCGUCCAGACGCCGGCCGGCUCCAAGCACGGCGGCCGCGCUAGCGCGCUAACGUCCACUCCUCUGCUGCCCGGCGCCAGCAGCCUGGACCGCUCCAUCGACGAGGUCGUGCGCCAGGCCGGCAAACGCGGCGGCCUCGGCAUCGGCAGCAUCUCCAUGGCGACGCCCUCCGACCCCUCCGACCUCUCGUCGCCGCCCUCGCCCCCGACCCCGCAGCCCUCCCUGCUGUCCUCCCUGACCGGCGCGUCGCCCUGGCAACGAGCCCCGCCGCAGCUGUCCCUGGACGAGUUCUCGCUCGGCGGACUGGGCGGCUCGGUGGCGGCCAUGUCUGAGGGCAAGAAGAAGAAGCCCAAGAAGGAGGCCAAGCUCAAGAUCAAGAAGCCGGGCAAGGACAAGGCCAAGGUCAAAGACAAGGACAAAGGUCACGACAAGGUCAAGAGCAAAGACAAGAAGAAGGACAAGAAGAGCAAGGACAAGGAGGGCAAGCUGAGCUGGAAGGACGACUCGGACGUCCGCGCCGACGACUCCUUCAGCAUCGCCGCGGCGACGGCAGCAGCCGCGGCAGCCGCGGCCGCCCUGUCCGUGGCCGAGGAGCGUCGGGAGAAGGACAAGCACAAGGAGCGCAAGAAGGACAAGGACAAGGCCCGCAAGGACAAGGCCAAGAAGGACAAGGCCCGCGAGCGCGCCAAGGAGGCCAAGAAGAAGAAGAAGAUGACCGCCGAGGAGCGUGAGCGCGAGUCCUCGCUGGCGCUGUUCGGACCGGCCGCGUGCCUCCUCCUCCCCUCCAUCUCGCACCUCCCCUCCAUCACCUCCUCCUCCUCCUCCUCCGCUGUGGCGGCGGCCAUGGAGAAGGCGGCCGGCGGGGGAGAGCUCAAGGGCCCGAAGAGCAAGGAGAAGGAGAAGAAGAAGGACAAGAAGGAGAAGAAGAAGAAGAAGGAGAAGGAGAGGGAGAAGGAGAGAGAGAAGGAGCGGGAGAAGGAGAGGGGGAAAGAGAAGGAGCUGGAGAAGGAGGAGAAGAAGAAAGGGAAGGAGAAGGAGAAGGGGGGAAAGGCCAAGGAGAAGGCCAAGGAGACCGCCAAAGUAGAGAAGGUGAAGGCAGCUGAUCCUCCACUUGUCCUCUCCUCGCCGGUCAUCCCGCGGCUAACGCUCAGAGUUGGAGCUGGACAAGACAAGAUUGUCAUCAGUAAGGUGGUUCCAGACUCCGAGGCGGUUGUUCCCCCUCCUCCGGCCCCCCUCCCUCCCCCGGUGAAGACCCCCACGGCGCGCUCGGGUCCCGGUAGUCGAGGCCGUAACCCCCCCACGCCCGUGGCCCUGGCCCCGCCCACGCCUCUGCCGCCGGCCCCUCCGGCCGCACCUCUGUCUCUGGCCGCGCACGCACACACACACACACACCCCGCACCCCCGCCCGCCCUGGGGGCGUCCAAGAGCGGCUGCAGCGUGGUCACCGAGACCGUCAGUGCCUACGUGGUUCGUGAUGAGUGGGGCAAUAAGAUCUGGAUCUGUCCUGGCUGCAACAAACCCGACGAUGGAAGUCCGAUGAUUGGCUGUGACCAGUGCGAUGACUGGUACCACUGGCCGUGCGUGGGCAUUCUGACUCCGCCCCCAGAGGACCAGCAGUGGUUCUGUGUGAAGUGUGCCGGCAAGAAGACCGACAAGAAACAGAAGAAGAGGAGGCGCAAAGCCAACUGACACACACACACACACACACACACACACCUUAUCACUGCAGAAACGUACAUCCACACCUGUACCACACCUGUGCUGAUGAUACACACACAUCUCAAGUACGCAUACACAUUAAACAUCUUAUUAACACACACACACACACACACACACUUACAUACACACACACACACACACACACACACUUACAUACACACACCACUGCAGAUACGUACAUCCACACCUGUACCACACCUCAAGUACACACCAAACAUGUUAUUAACACACACACAAACAUGGAUUAAAGCUACAUGCCUAUACACCAGAUGCAGAUUUAUGUAAAUAUGCAUGCACAGACACACACACACACACACGCAGACACAAACACACACACACACACACACACACACACACACACACACAGACACGAUCAUACACAUGUUUGUAUUUUAGCAUACACACAUAAACAUAUGUUCUCACACGCUCACAACAUCAUCUGUUUUGUACAAACAACUCAUUUUCAUUUGUAUUCUACACACACACACACACACACAUACACACACACACACACACUUUUUAUCUUUUCCAAUCAGAUUUUAUUUCAAUAUUGUUAUAAUACAACUCAAUCUUCUUGUGUGUUCAUACACACACAGACACACACACACACGCAUACACACAGAGACACACACACAUUCAGAGGCCUUUGACAUUCCUCUAAUUUGCUGGAAAAAAUGUUUUGUCAUUCAUUCCUGUAUCCCACCAUCGAUCUUGUGUGUGUUUGUAUGCUUGUGUGUCUGUGUUUGUAUGCGUGUGCGUGUGCGUGUGAGUGUAUGUGUGUGUGUGAGAGAGAGCAAAUAUCCUGUAUCUGUUUUAGUAGUUGUUGUUGUUGUGCAGAAAACCCAUGGAAACAAACAAACAAACAAAACAAAAACAAAAACAAUCUGAUUUUAACCUUACUGAACGUCACAUUCAUUAGUUUCAUAUUUUCUUUUUUAUUCUGGAUGUUUUUAAGAGGAAUCUUGUAAUGUCUUACUUUCACUAUGUAUUGACUGCCACAGUUCGAAUUUGUGUGUGUGUGUGUGUGUGUGUGUGUGUGUGUGUGCGGAUAAUCCUUUUCCCCAAUUACAGAUAUGUUGUUAAAGUGGACCACCUCCUCUGGUGGGCCCCCUCAAUUGAUUCAUCUCAUUUGGAGAGUAAAGAUGUUUUUUUUACCCAAAACAUUGUCGAGGUUUUUCUCUCUCUUUGUUUCUCUCUCUCUUUAUUUUCUCUUUCUUUUUUCCCCAUUUUAAAAAAGCGAGGGAUGCCUCUCGGUCUCUCU